AUGAGGAGGGACAACGUGACCUGGGUGAGUGAGUUUGUCCUAAUGGGGCUCUCGGAUGACAGACAGACCCAGGCUGGGCUCUUUGUGCUCUUUGGGGCCACCUACCUGCUGACCCUGCUGGGCAAUGGAAUCAUCCUCCUCUUGAUCGCCAGGGACACGCGACUCCACCUGCCCAUGUACUUCUUCCUCUGCCAUCUUGCAAUCGUGGACAUCUGCUACACCUCCAGCGGGGUCCCCCAGAUGUUAGUACACUUCCUCCUGGAGAAGAAGACCAUCUCCUUCGCCCGAUGUGGGGCCCAGCUCUUCUUCUCCCUGGCCCUCGGGGGAACCGAGUUUGUGCUGCUGGCUGCCAUGGCCUACGACCGCUAUGUGGCCGUCUGUCAGCCCCUGCAUUACAUGGUAGUGAUGAGGCCCCGGCUCUGUGUGGCCCUGGCAAGUGUCCCUUGGUUUGUGGGCCUGGCUAACUCCUUUGUGGAGACAGCAGUCACCAUGCGCCUGCCCACCUGUGGGCACAAUGUGCUGAACCACGUGGCCUGUGAGACAAUGGCACUGGUCAGGCUGGCCUGUGUAGAUGUCAGCCUCAACCAGGUGGUCAUCGUGGCCUCCAGUGUGGUGGUGCUGCUGCUGCCCUGCUGCCUGGUCACUCUGUCCUAUGUGCACAUUGUAGCCUCCAUCAUGAAGAUCCGCUCAACCCAGGGACGCUGCAAAGCCUUUGAGACCUGCGCCUCUCACCUCACUGUGGUCUCCAUGUCUUACGGGAUGGCCCUCUUCAUCUACCUGCAGCCCCGCUCCAGGGCCUCCGCUGAGCAGGACAAGGUGGUGGUGCUCUUCUAUGCUGUGCUGACCCCCAUGUUGAACCCGCUCAUCUACAGCCUGCGGAACAAGGAUGUGAAGGCAGCUGUGAGGCGGGUUUUGAUGCGCAGCUCAGAAUCAAAAUGUUAG